UAAAGAGUUACAGGCUGAACUUUUUCUGACAUUCAAAAGAUAAGUCACCAUGAAGGCCCUGAUAUUCCUUGCCUUGCUUGGAGCAGCGUUUGCUGCUGAGGAUGAGAAGGUUGUCGGCGGGUACGAGUGUACCAGAAACUCGGUUCCCUACCAGGUGUCUCUGAAUGCUGGAUACCACUUCUGCGGCGGAUCCCUCAUUUCCAGCCAGUGGGUGGUGUCUGCUGCUCACUGCUACAAGUCUCGUAUCCAGGUCCGCCUUGGCGAGCACAACAUCGCUUCAAACGAGGGUACGGAGCAGUGGAUUGAUGGAGUAAAGAUGAUCAAGCACCCACAGUACAACAGCUACAACCUGGACAAUGACAUCAUGCUGAUCAAACUGAGCCGCCCCGCCACCCUCAACAGCAACGUCCAGACCGUGGCCCUGCCCACCCGCUGCCCCCAGGCCGAUGAGAACUGCAUGGUGUCCGGCUGGGGCAACUUGUCCGCCAAUGGAAACAACUUCCCUGACAGGCUGCAGUGUCUGAGGCAGCCCAUCAUUGAUGACAGGAUCUGCAAGAACGCCUACCCCCACCUUCUCACAGACAACAUGCUUUGCUCCGGAUUCAUGAGCGGAGGUGCCAGCAGCUGCCAAGGAGACUCUGGUGGUCCUCUGGUGUGUAACGGUCAGCUGCAGGGAGUCGUGUCCUGGGGUUAUGACUGCGCCAUGCAGGGACAUCCCAGCGUGUAUGCCCGAGUGUGCCGCUACAAUGGAUGGAUCAGCAGCACCAUGUCCAACAACUAAACACACAAUCGCCCAUACAUCCACAUCCAAGCUGAUAUUCUAUCACCAUACUCCAUGUUCAUACUCAUAUUAUUUGAAAAGUGCUUUGUAUUUUUUUUAUUGAUAAACAUCUUAUGAAUCAAAUGUUCAGGCAAUAUUCAAAAGAAUCGCACAAAUAAUAAUUAAAAUCAGCAUUCACCACAUCA